CGAAAGAGAGAAAAAGUUGCACAACCGACAUAAACAUUGCCCCGCAAUCCAUGCGACUUUGAUAACAGAACCGGAUAAAAGCAUUUCCACCAUCGUAGCAGUAUUUCGAUCAAUGAACUAAUGGAACUAUUCCUAUACCGAGGCGAAUGGGGGCUACCCACCAUAGAUUACGAGUGCGCCAGCAUUUUGGCAUACCUAAAAUUUUCGGAAGCAAAAGUUACGCUCAAUUUCAACGGCAAUCCGUUUAGCUCGCCGAAUGGAAUGUUACCGUACCUGGUCACCGACGGUGGUAAAAAGCUUGCUGGUUACAACCGGAUCGUGGAAUUUCUUCAAUCCAGAGGCUUCGACGCAAACGCUCAGCUCGAAGAACAGAACUACAUUGUGAUAAAUGGGUGCAUUCAGUACGUACUGGAGAAUCUGUACCCAUUCUUUAUGUACAACUUGUGGGGUGAUCCGAAGAACCUGGACACCACGCGAAUGAUCUACGCCAAACGAAUUCCCAUUCCGUUCAAUUUCUACUGUCCGCGAAAGUACGUUGUGAAGACAAAUGAACUAACGAAGUCAUUGGCUGGCUUCGCCUUGGAAGACUCCGUUGCUAUACACGACGUUAAUGAUAUGAUGCUAAACGCAAAAAAAUGCAUCAACUGGGUUUCGGAGAAGUUAGGCGAAAAUCGCUUCUUUUUCGGUGACACACCCAGCGAAGUUGACGCAAUCCUGUAUGGUUAUCUAUCCGUAAUAUUGAAAUUAACCCUGCCGAACGGUGUGCUGCAGAAUCAUCUGAAAGAAUGCACCAAUCUAACUAAGUUUGUAGAUCGAAUCACAACGAUUUACUUCGCUAAGGAAGGUUUUACCGGCGUGGGUUCCGCUUCGAACUCAUCGUCAUCGUCAUCUAGUUCCAAUCAGAAAUCUGAGGAUCAAGCGCACAAAUCAUACGACGGUACUCAGAAAGAGGAAGAUACGCCGCACGACAGGAAACGGCGAUACAUCGUCUCGGGUAUUUUUGCCACGAUUGCCAUGGUGAGCUAUGCGUUAAUGUCCGGGAUAUUGACGAUAUCGACUGGUGGCCACGGUGGCAACGGUUUCAUCUCUUAUGAUGAACCCGAAUACGAUGACGAAGAUUGAUUAGGUUAAAUAACAAAAAGUUUUAGAAAUUAUAGCUGAAGCCAAAUCUACGUA